AAGCAAACCCCAAUCGUCUAAUAUAAAUUAGGUUACCAAUCUCCUCUCCAUGGAGUUUCCACCAAAUCCCUAAACCCUCCGGCGAUCAUGACCACCACCACCGUCACGGAUCACCCAAAUCCAGACUCCGUCUCCACAAAAGUCAUGGAAACCGUGAACGGAUCACACCAGUUCACGAUCAAAGGCUACUCUCUAGCCAAAGGCAUGAGCCCAGGGAGAUACAUUCAGAGCGACGUCUUCUCCAUCGCCGGAUACGAUUGGGUGAUUUACUUUUACCCUGACGGGAAGAAUCCCGAGGAUAACUCCACGUACGUGUCUCUGUUCAUCGCUCUCGCGAGUGAUUCGAGUGACAUUAGGGCAUUGUUUGAGUUGACGUUGAUGGAUCAGAGUGGUAGAGGGAGGCAUAAGGUUCAUAGUCACUUUGAUCGGGCGCUUGAAGGUGGUCCUUAUACGCUUAAGUAUAAAGGGAGUAUGUGGGGUUACAAACGCUUUUUAAGACGAACAGCUUUAGAAUCCUCCGACUACUUGAAGGAUGACUGUCUUAUCAUCAAUUGUACCGUUGGCGUUGUCAGAGCCAGGCUUGAAGGUCCGAAACAGUUUGGCAUUGCGCUUCCCUCCUCGGAUAUGGGUCAGGGAUUGAAAGACUUGCUAGAUUCAGAAGUUGGCUGUGACGUUGCUUUCCAAGUUGGAGAUGAGACUUACAAAGCUCACAAACUGAUCCUCGCAGCACACUCGCCAGUUUUCAGAGCUCAGUUCUAUGGACCAAUUGGGAAUAACAACGUGGAUAGGAUAGUGAUAGAGGACAUCGAGCCUUCUAUCUUUAAGGCAAUGCUUAGCUUCAUCUACACCGAUGUACUUCCUCAUGUGCACGAGAUUACGGGGUCAGUUUCUGCCACUUCAUUCACGAACAUGAUGCAGCAUCUCUUGGCAGCUGCUGACCUCUAUGACCUUGGAAGGUUAAAGGUGUUGUGUGAAGUUUUUCUAUGUGAAAAACUAAAUGUUGAUAAUGUGGCAACAACGCUUGCACUGGCUGAACAGCACCAACUGGUAGAGCUCAAAACUUUCUGCUUAAAAUUUGUUGCAUCUCCAGGAAAUUUGCGAGCUGUAAUGAAGUCUGAAGGGUUCAAGCACUUGAACCAGAGCUGUCCCUCUAUGUUGUCUGAACUACUGAGCACGUUUGCAGCUGGGGAUAAGAGCUCUACGAGUGGACUAGAAAGCAAGAAAAGACCUGUGAGUAGUGUGUUAGCCAUUGAUACACAUGCUAGGCAACUGAGGAAGAGGAUAUAGGGGUCGAUCCAUUUCCAAUAAAACAUUGCUCAAGUAAGCUUAAUUUACUGAUCUGGAAGCAAAACAGACACCAAAUCUGGUUUUACUAGAGUUUUAUUGUAAUGGAAUGAUUUGGUAUGUCGACAGUAAUUUAUAAUAGCAUAAUUAACCGGUGUUGGAAAUAAAACUCUGUUCAUUUCGUAUAAAAUCUCAUAAAUU